GCCCUGAGGAGGCGGGGACGGGAGGGCUGGGCCGGCCGGCGGGCGGGCGACGAUGCCGAACUUCUGCGCUGUCCCCAGCUGCACGCGGAAGAGCACGCAGUCCGACUUGGCCUUCUUCAGGUUCCCGCGGGACCCUGCCAGAUGCCAGAAGUGGGUGGAGAACUGUAGGAGAGCAGACUUAGAAGAUAAAACACCUGAUCAUCUAAAUAAACAUUAUCGAUUAUGUGCCCAACAUUUUGAGACCUCUAUGAUCUGUAGAACUAGUCCUUAUAGGACAGUUCUUCGAGAUAAUGCAAUACCAACAAUAUUUGAUCUUACCAGUCAUUUGAACAACCCACGUAGUAGACACAGAAAACGAAUAAAAGAACUGAGUGAAGAUGAAAUCAGGACACUGAAACAGAAAAAAAUUGAUGAAACUUCUGAGCAGGAACAAAAACAUAAAGAAACCAACAAUAGCAAUGCUCAGAACCCCGGCGAAGAAGAGGGUGAAGGGCAAGAUGAGGACAUUUUACCUCUAACCCUUGAAGAGAAGGAAAACAAAGAAUACCUAAAAUCUCUAUUUGAAAUCUUGAUUCUGAUGGGAAAGCAAAACAUACCUCUGCAUGGACAUGAGGCUGAUGAAAUCCCAGAAGGUCUCUUUACUCCAGAUAACUUUCAGGCACUGCUGGAGUGUCGGAUAAAUUCUGGUGAAGAGGUUCUGAGAAAGCGGUUUGAGACAACAGCAGUUAACACGUUGUUUUGUUCAAAAACACAGCAGAGGCAGAUGCUAGAGAUCUGUGAGAGCUGUAUUCGAGAAGAAACUCUCAGGGAAGUGAGAGACUCACACUUCUUUUCCGUUAUCACUGACGAUGUAGUGGACAUAGCAGGGGAAGAGCACCUACCUGUGUUGGUGAGGUUUGUUGAUGAAUCUCAUAACCUAAGAGAGGAAUUUAUAGGCUUCCUGCCUUAUGAAGCCGAUGCAGAAAUUUUGGCUGUGAAAUUUCACACUAUGAUAACUGAGAAGUGGGGAUUAAAUAUGGAGUAUUGUCGUGGCCAGGCUUACAUUGUCUCUAGUGGAUUUUCUUCCAAAAUGAAAGUUGUUGCUUCUAGACUUUUAGAGAAAUAUCCCCGAGCUAUCUACACACUUUGCUCUUUCUGUGCCUUAAAUAUGUGGUUGGCAAAAUCAGUACCUGUUAUGGGAGUAUCUGUUGCAUUAGGAACAAUUGAGGAAGUUUGUUCUUUUUUCCAUCGAUCACCACAACUGCUUUUAGAAUUUGACAACGUAAUUUCUGUUCUUUUUCAGAACAGUAAAGAAAGGGGUAAAGAACUGAAGGAAAUCUGCCAUUCUCAGUGGACAGGCAGGCAUGAUGCUUUUGAAAUUUUAGUGGAACUCCUGCAAGCACUUGUUUUAUGUUUAGAUGGUAUAAAUAGUGACACAAAUAUUAGAUGGAAUAACUAUAUAGCUGGCCAAGCAUUUGUACUCUGCAGUGCAGUAACAGAUUUUGAUUUCAUUGUUACUAUUGUUGUUCUUAAAAAUGUCCUAUCUUUUACAAGAGCCUUUGGGAAAAACCCUGAUGUCUUCUUUGCAGCUGGUAGCUUGACUGCAGUACUGCAUUCACUCAACGAAUUGAUGGAAAAUAUUCAAGUUUAUCAUGAAUUUUGGUUUGAGGAAGCCACAAAUUUGGCAACCAAACUUGUUAUUCAAAUGAAACUCCCUGGGAAAUUCCGCAGAGCUCACCAGGGUAACUUGGAAUCUCAGCUAACCUCUGAGAGUUGCUAUAAAGAAACCCUAAGUGUCCCAACAGUGGAGCACAUUAUUCAGGAACUUAAAGAUAUAUUCUCAGAACAGCACCUCAAAGCUCUUAAAUGCUUAUCUCUGGUACCCUCAGUCAUGGGACAACUCAAAUUCAAUACGUCGGAGGAACACCAUGCUGACAUGUGUAGAAGUGACUUACCCAAUCCUGACACGCUGUCAGCUGAGCUUCAUUGUUGGAGAAUCAAAUGGAAACACAGGGGGAAAGAUAUAGAGCUUCCGUCCACCAUCUAUGAAGCCCUCCAACUGCCUGACAUCAAGUUUUUUCCUAAUGUGUAUGCAUUGCUGAAGGUCCUGUGUAUUCUUCCUGUGAUGAAGGUUGAGAAUGAGCGGUAUGAAAAUGGAUGAAAGUGUCUUAAAGCAUAUUUGAGGAACACUUUGACAGACCAAAGGUCAAGUAACUUGGCUUUGCUUAACAUAAAUUUUGAUAUAAAACACGACCUGGAUUUAAUGGUGGACACAUAUAUUAAACUCUAUACAAGUAAGUCAGAGCUUCCUACAGAUAAUUCCGAAACUGUGGAAAAUACCUAAGAGACUUUUAAAAAUAGGCUUUCUUAUAUUUGAUAUUUGGAAGUAAAAGCCGUAAGGUGUAUGUAGGCCACUUAAUCACUAAAUAUAUUUGCCUAUAGGACUCCAUUGAAUACAUUAGCCAUUGAUAAUCUACCUGUUUAAAUGGCCCCUGUUUGAACUCUCAAGCUUUGAAGACCUACCUGUUCUUCCAGAAGAGAACGUUGAAAGUUCCCUGUUUCCUUUUGCGUGAUCUCUGUUGACGGCACUCUGGAAUUGUUUCAGUUAAGUCAUUUUAGACAUAGCAUUUAUUAUCACUGUGGAUCUCUACUUGUUGGGUGUUAUGAAUUCUUUGAAGAAAUAUAUUUUGAAGAGGUGUGGGAGGAAGGAAUACAUUUUAUAAAAUGUUAUAGUGAAGCCCACAAUUGACCUUUGACUAAUAGGAGUUUUAAGUAUGUUAAAAAUCUAUACUGGACAAUUGCAAGAAAUUACCGGAGAAAAGCUUGUGAGCUCACCGAACAAGGAUUUCAGUGUAGAUUUUGUCUUUCUCGAACUUAAAGAAACAAAUGACAAAGUUUGAAUGGAAAAGCCUGCUGUUGUUCCACAUCUCGUUGCUGUUUACAUUCCUUUGUGGAGCCUACAUCUUCCUAAGCUUUUUAGCAGGUAUAUGUUGAACACUUCUGUUUCAUGGUUGAGACAGAAUCAGAGGCCAUGGAUACUGACAACUGAUUUGUCUGCUUUUUUUUUUUCUGUCUUUUUCCAUGACUUUUAUCUACUUCCUCAUCUUGAUUUAUAAGCAAAACCUGGAAAACCUACAAAAUAAGUGUUGUGGUUUAUCUAGAAAAAUAUGGAAAAUAUUGCUGUUAUUUUUGGUGAAGAAAAUCAAUUUUGUAUAGUUUAUUUCAAUCUAAAUAAAAUGUGAAUUUUGUUUAAAGCUAAAAAAAAAAAAAGAACCCAGCAGAAAUCCUGGAAAUAAAUAAUUCAGUAGAUGAAAUUAAAAUAUAUAUAUACAAUCAAGAGUUCAACAAUAGAAUCAAUCAAGCAGAAGAAUUUUUGAACUUGGUUUUUUCAAAUAACAAAGCCAGAUUUAAAAAAAAAGGUGGGGGGGAAAUAAAAGAAUAAAAGAGAAUGAAGAAAGCCUAAUGACAUAUAGGACACCAUAAAACAAACAAAUAUUUCAAUUUUAUAAGUUCCAUAAGAAUAAGAAAAUGGAAAUGCCAUAGACAACCUAUUUAUUGAAAUAAUAUCUGAAAACUUCUUCCUUCUUGUGAAGGAUAUAGACAUCUAGAUAUAGAAAGCUAAAAUAUCUACUACUAGAUUCAAUAAAAAUAUAAAUGUUCUCCAAAGCACAUUAAAGUUACACUGUGAAAGGUUGAAGACAGAGGGAGAAUUUUAAAAAUAGCAAGAGAAAAACAUCAAGUCACAUGUUGGGGGAAAUCCCAUCAGACUAGCAGCCUAUUACUCAGUAAAAAUCUUGCAGGCCAGGAGAGCAUGAGAUACUAUAUUCAAAGUGCUGAAAGAAAAAUGCCGAUGAAGAAUACUAUGCCCAGGAAAGCUAUCCCUUAAAAAGGAUGGAGAAAUAACAUCUUUUUCAGACAAGUAAAAACUGAAGGAAAUUCAUCACUACUAGAUCAACCAUAUAAUAAAUGCUUCAGGGAGUACAACAUCUAUAAGUAAAAGGAUGAUGUCUACUAUUUAGAAAGCACAAGAAAGAAUUAAACUCACGGGUAAAGCAGAUACACUAAUGAAAGCAAGAAAGAAAUCAAAGCUUGUCACUACAGAAAAUGACCA